CUGAAAGCAAACAAGCAACUCUCCUCUCUCUCUCUCUUCCACGACGUCUAUAGUUGCUUCAAUCUUCCUCUUCUACCUCUCUCAUUCUCCACCUCCAAAAGGAGGUUUUGAUGUUUUAACUCAGUUGGACGGUAGAUCUGGAGGUAAAACAAAAUGGCUGCUACACUAGCUUGGAGGUUUUCUGCUAACAACGGCAGCAGCUUUGCCAAUAACGACAUGGAAAAAUCCAUGGAGGCAAAACUUCAUGAUUCUGAGCCCCCAACUCCACAUUCAGUUAUGAAGAUGGGUUUAAGAGAUCGUACAAGUAGCAUGGAGGAUCCAGAUGGAACAUUAGCAAGUGUUGCACAAUGCAUAGAGCAGUUGCGGCAGAGUUCUUCAUCUGUACAAGAGAAGGAGCAUUCCUUGAGGCAGUUGCUUGAGCUUAUUGAUACACGUGAGAAUGCUUUCAGUGCCGUUGGAUCUCACUCCCAAGCAGUUCCAGUACUUGUUUCACUUCUCCGAUCGGGAUCACUUGGAGUAAAGAUACAGGCUGCUACUGUUCUGGGCUCUCUCUGUAAAGAGAAUGAACUUAGAGUGAAAGUCUUGCUUGGAGGAUGCAUUCCGCCGUUGCUUGGUCUCCUCAAGUCCAGUUCGGCAGAAGGUCAGAUUGCAGCAGCAAAGACAAUUUAUGCGGUUUCUCAAGGUGGUGCUAAGGAUCAUGUUGGAUCGAAAAUUUUUUCUACUGAAGGAGUUGUGCCAGUGCUUUGGGAGCGGCUGAAAAAUGGACUCAAAUCUGGAAACGUGGUUGAUAACUUAUUGAGUGGAGCAUUAAAAAACCUGUCAAGCAGUACUGAGGGUUUCUGGUCGGAAACAGUACAGGCUGAAGGAGUGGAUAUACUAGUCAAGUUGUUAACAACAGGACAGUCAAGCACUCAAGCUAAUGUAUGCUUUCUUCUUGGCUGUAUGAUGAUGGAGGAUGCAUCUGUUUGUUCGAAAGUGUUGGCUGCAGGGGCUACAAAACAACUACUGAAGCUGCUAGGGCCUGGUAAUGAAGCCUCAGUUAGAGCAGAAGCUGCGGGUGCUUUCAAGUCUCUUUCUGCCCAGUGUAAAGAAGCAAGGAAAGAAAUAGCUAACUGUAAUGGCAUUCCAGCUUUAAUAAAUGCUACAAUAGCUCCUUCGAAAGAAUUCAUGGAAGGUGAGUGUGCUCAAGCAUUGCAGGAGAAUGCCAUGUGUGCUCUUGCAAACAUUUCUGGGGGUUUAUCCUAUGUAAUCUCAAGCCUAGGUCAAAGCCUGGAAUCUUGUUCUUCAUCUGCCCAGACAGCUGACACCUUAGGGGCUUUAGCUUCUGCUCUGAUGAUAUAUGAUGGCAAAGCUGAAUCUUCUAGAGCAUCCGAUCCUGUGAUUGUUGAACAGACUUUGGUUAGUCAAUGUAAACCUCACUUACCAUUUCUUGUACAGGAACGGACUAUAGAAGCCCUUGCCAGUUUGUAUGGAAAUUCUAUUCUCUCAGUUAAGCUUGCAAACUCGGAUGCAAAACGACUUCUGGUUGGUUUGAUCACGAUGGCGGCUAAUGAAGUUCAGGAUGAGCUUAUAAGAGCUCUUCUUAUACUCUGCAACACUGAAAGCAGUCUAUGGCGUGCACUCCAAGGUCGUGAGGGUGUUCAGCUACUGAUAUCUCUUCUUGGGCUUUCAUCUGAACAACAGCAAGAAUGUGCUGUCGCACUGUUGUGCCUUCUAUCCAACGAAAAUGAUGAAAGUAAGUGGGCCAUCACAGCUGCUGGAGGCAUUCCUCCACUUGUUCAAAUUCUGGAGACAGGGUCUCCUAAAGCUAAAGAAGAUUCUGCUACAAUCCUUAGAAACCUCUGCAAUCACAGUGAAGAUAUACGUGCGUGUGUUGAAAGUGCUGAUGCUGUUCCUGCAUUAUUGUGGUUGCUGAAGAAUGGGAGCCCAAAUGGGAAAGAAAUUGCAGCAAGGACUUUGAACCAUUUAAUCCAUAAGUCUGAUACAGCGACCAUUAGUCAGCUUACCGCAUUAUUAACAAGUGAUCUACCUGAAUCUAAAAUUUAUGUUUUGGAUGCUCUUAAAAGUAUGCUUUCCGUGGUUCCCUUCAAUGAUAUAUUACGUGAAGGCAGUGCUGCAAAUGAUGCAAUUCAGAUGAUGAUUAAAAUAUUAAGCUCAACUAAAGAAGAAACUCAGGCUAAGUCGGCAUCAGCUCUUGCUGGGAUUUUUGAAGUUCGGAAGGACCUGCGUGAAAGUAGUAUUGCUGUAAAAACUUUAUGGUCAGCCAUGAAGCUGCUAAAUGUCGAGUCAGAAAAUAUCUUGAAAGAGUCCUCUCAUUGCCUUGCUGCAAUUUUUCUGUCAAUUAAAGAAAACCGGGAAGUGGCUGCUGUUGCGCGAGAUGCAUUUUCACCCUUAGUUGUGCUUGCUAACUCUUCUGUGUUGGAAGUUGCAGAGCAGGCAACAUGUGCUUUGGCAAAUCUUAUUUUGGAUGGUGAAGUGUCGGAGAAAGCUGUUGCUGAAGAAAUUAUACUGCCUGCUACUAGGGUUCUGCGAGAAGGUACAGUCUCUGGAAAGACCCAUGCAGCAGCAGCAAUUGCACGUCUGCUUGAUUCUCGUGAAAUCGAUGACACGCUGACUGAUUGUGUCAAUCGUGCUGGAACUGUUCUUGCAUUAGUUUCUUUUCUGGAAUCUGCUAAUGGUAGUUCCAUCACCACAGCAGAAGCAUUAGAUGCACUGGCUAUUUUGUCAAGAUCGAAAGGGGCUAUUGGGCACAUAAAACCUGCAUGGGCAGUUCUAGCAGAAUAUCCUAAAAGCAUAACCCCAAUAGUCUCUUCUAUUGCUGAUGCAUCACAAAUGUUGCAAGAUAAGGCUAUUGAGAUAGUGUCAAGGCUUUGCCAUGAUCAGCCCAUUGUUCUAGGAGAGGCAAUUGUGUGUGCGUCUUUAUGCAUAUCAUCGAUUGCCAGAAGGGUAAUCAAUUCCACAAACCCAAAGGUCAAGAUUGGAGGAACUGCACUUCUUAUUUGUGCUGCCAAAGUGAGCCAUCAGAGAGUGGUGGAAGAUCUUAAUCAAUCAAACUCUUGCAUUUACCUUAUUAAGGCACUUGUUGCAAUGCUUAAUAUUACGGAGACCGAUAUGGGAAAUGAUGACGGUGAUGACAAGGAUGUCAUUAGUAUUUGCAGGCAAUUUAAGGAAAAUGCUCAUAAUGGUGAAUAUGAUAUAGGAACAGCAGUUAUAUAUGGUGUCAACUUAGCAAUUUGGCUACUUUCUGUUCUUGCUUGUCAUGAUGAAAAAAGCAAAGGUGUUAUUAUAGAGGCUGGAGCACUUGAGGUCCUCAAUGAUCGUAUCGUACAUGGUUUUUCACAAUAUCAGAAUGAUUUCAAAGAAGAUAACAACAUUUGGGUUUGCGGGAUGAUGCUAGCGAUUUUAUUUCAAGAUAGAGACAUCAUACGAGCACCUGAAACCAUGAAAUCAAUAUCGGUACUUGCAAAUUUGUUGAAAUCAGAGGAUUCGGCGAACAGGUAUUUUGCGGCACAAGCAAUGUCCAGCCUAGUUUGUAACGGCAGCAGAGGGACUCUUCUGUCAGUUGCGAAUUCUGGGGCAGCAAUUGGGCUUCUAUCCUUACUUGGUUGUGCUGAUGUUGAUAUAUGUGAUCUUUUAGAGUUAUCAGAGGAGUUCUCUUUGGUGCGUUAUCCAGAGCAAGUUGCGCUGGAGAGAUUGUUCAGAGUAGAAGACAUCAGGGUUGGUGCCACUUCUCGGAAAGCAAUACCUGCUCUUGUUGAUCUUCUCAAACCAAUUCCUGAUCGUCCUGGUGCACCUUUUCUUGCACUUGGGCUUUUGACUCAGCUUGCAAGAGAAUGUUCAUCAAAUAAGAUUGUCAUGGUAGAAUCUGGGAUUUUGGAAGCACUAACCAAGUAUCUUUCACUUGGUCCCCAAGAUGCAACUGAGGAAGCAGCUACUGAUCUGUUAGGGAUCCUAUUUAGCAGUGCUGAUAUCCGGAGACAUGAAUCUGCAUUUGGUGCAGUCAAUCAACUUAUAGCAGUUUUACGUUUAGGUGGAAGAGGUGCUAGGUAUAGCGCUGCUAAAGCAUUGGAAAGCUUAUUUUCUGCUGACCAUAUUAGAAAUGCAGAAUCUGCCCGACAAGCUGUUCAACCCUUGGUGGAGAUACUUAGUAGUGGCUCGGAGAAAGAGCAGCAUGCUGCUAUUGCUGCUUUGGUUAGGUUAUUGAGUGAAAACCCAUCAAAAGCCCUUGCUGUUGCAGAUGUGGAAAUGAAUGCAGUAGAUGUCCUGUGCAGGAUACUUUCUUCAAAUUGUUCAUUGCAUCUGAAAGGGGAUGCUGCUGAGCUGUGUUGUGUUCUUUUCGGCAAUACAAGAAUCAGGUCCACAGUGGCUGCAGCACAUUGUGUUGAGCCUUUGGUGUCCCUCCUUGUAUCUGAGUUAAGUCCGGCACAGCAAUCAGUCGUUCGUGCGUUGGAUAAGCUUGUAGAUGAUGAGCAACUGGCAGAAUUAGUUGUUGCACAUGGUGCAGUUAUUCCUCUUGUUGGCCUCUUAUAUGGUAGGAAUUACAUGCUUCAUGAGGCUGUUUCCAGAGCUCUCGUGAAGUUAGGGAAAGACAGACCAGCUUGUAAAAUGGAAAUGGUAAAAGCCAGGGUAAUUGAAAGCAUACUUGAUAUCCUCCAUGAAGCACCGGAUUUUAUCUGUGCUGCAUUUGCAGAAUUGCUUAGAAUACUGACCAAUAAUGCUAGCAUUGCUAAGGGGUCCUCUGCCGCAAAAGUUGUGGAGCCCCUGUUUUUGCUGUUGACAAGACCAGAGUUUGGGCCUGAUGGACAGCAUAGCACACUGCAGGUUCUAGUUAAUAUUCUAGAGCAUCCACAAUGCCGUGCUGACCAUACGUUGUCCUCUCACCAAGCUAUUGAACCACUUAUCCCGUUGCUUGAUUCUCAAGCACCAGCAGUGCAGCAGUUGGCAGCUGAGCUUCUAUCUCAUCUACUCUCAGAAGAACAUCUUCAAAAGGAUCUGGUGACACAACAAGUUAUUGGUCCCCUUAUACGAGUUCUCGCAUCUGGCAUACACAUAUUACAGCAGAGAGCUGUUAAAGCUCUUGUUAGCAUUUCACUAACUUGGCCAAAUGAAGUAGCAAAAGAGGGUGGUGUCGGUGAAUUGUCCAAAGUGAUAUUGCAAGCUGAUCCUACACUCCCUCAUGCCUUGUGGGAAUCGGCUGCUUCUGUCUUGGCCAGUAUUCUGCAGUUCAGUACAGAAUUUUAUUUGGAAGUUCCUGUUGCAGUGCUGGUAAGGAUGCUCCAUUCUGCCUCUGAGAAUACAGUAAUUGGUGCAUUGAAUGCUCUUUUGGUGUUGGAAAGUGAUGAUGGAACCAGUUCUGAAGCAAUGGCUGAAAGUGGUGCCAUAGAGGCUCUUUUGGAACUUCUUCGCUGUCAUCAGUGUGAGGAAGCAGCUGCCAGAUUGCUGGAAGUACUGCUCAACAAUGUGAAGGUUAGAGAAACAAAAGCGAUAAAAUCUGCAAUCUUGCCUUUAUCUCAGUAUCUCUUGGAUCCACAAACCCAAGCCCAGCAAGCAAGGUUACUGGCGACUUUGGCUCUUGGAGAUCUAUUCCAGAAUGAAGGCCUUGCUCGGAGUAGUGAUGCUGUUUCAGCUUGCCGUGCUCUGGUAAAUGUGCUUGAAGAACAACCUACAGAAGAAAUGAAAGUCGUAGCUAUAUGUGCUUUGCAGAACCUGGUAAUGUAUAGCAAAUCAAAUAAAAGAGCAGUUGCAGAGGCUGGUGGUGUCCAGGUUGUACUCGAUCUAAUUGGUUCAAGUGAUCCAGAGACAUCUUGCCAGGCAGCAAUGUUUAUUAAACUUCUAUUCUCUAAUCACACCAUCCAAGAGUAUGCUUCCAGUGAAACUGUUAGAGCUAUAACCGCUGCCAUUGAAAAGGAUUUAUGGGCCACUGGAACUGUGAAUGAGGAGUAUCUGAAAGCUCUCAAUGCUCUAUUUAGCAACUUCCCUCGCUUGAGAGCCACCGAGCCUGCAACUCUCAGCAUACCACACCUGGUUACAUCACUCAAGACAGGCUCAGAGGCAACUCAAGAAGCUGCCUUGGAUGCACUAUUUCUUCUCAGGCAAGCUUGGUCAGCAUGCCCAGCUGAAGUCUCAAGAGCUCAAUCCAUUGCUGCUGCUGAUGCAAUCCCAUUGUUGCAGUACUUAAUUCAGUCUGGCCCUCCUCGAUUUCAAGAGAAGGCAGAGUUUUUGCUCCAGUGCUUGCCAGGGACAUUGGCGGUAAUAAUCAAGCGGGGAAAUAACAUGAAGCAGUCAAUGGGAAACCCGAGUGUCUUUUGCAAGCUUUCACUUGGCAAUACUCCACCUAGGCAAACCAAGGUUGUAUCAACUGGUCCUAAUCCUGAGUGGGACGAGAGUUUUUCAUGGUCCUUUGAGAGUCCUCCAAAAGGCCAGAAGCUUCAAAUCUCGUGCAAGAAUAAGAGUAAAAUGGGAAAGAGUUCUUUCGGAAAGGUAACAAUCCAGAUUGACCGUGUUGUAAUGCUUGGAGCCGUUGCUGGGGAAUAUACUCUAUUGCCGGAAAGCAAAAGCGGGCCAUCACGGAAUUUGGAAAUAGAAUUCCAGUGGUCUAACAAGUAACGACCAUGAUUGCGUUUUAUUUUAUUUUUUUUCAGAGCAAAUGGGAAAUUUAGGGAGAAAUCAUGUUCAAAUAGGGCAUUCUUUCGGUCAGUUUUUGGUUAUUUAUCAUGUCCAGUGUAUAUAGCUUGCUAAAGAUUUUGAUCUUUUUUGGUCUUUACUUGUAGUUGCAACAAUUAGUCAAUUGGUGGUUUAUUCUCUGGUGACCAGUAUUUUCUUAUAGCAAAUUGUUUCACUUUGUAAUUUUUGUGACAAUAAAUCAAUACUGGUGUGUUUGUAAAUCUCAAGAGGAAAAUAACGUUCUUAGUUUGCCAUGUAAAUCUAGUCAUUUUCUUGAGUAGGGAUAUGUGGAAGCUGCUUGUCACCCA